AUGCUGCCUCUAAGGAGCAAAAGAAAGGCUCCAAACAUGAAACUCUCUUGGCUUGUGAUCUGGGCUGGAACACUGUUUUUGAAUCCAGUCGCUGCUGACUGCAACAUUACUUCUCAAACUGUCACUUGUGAGGAGUCUGGAAAGAACCUCUCCAAUAUCCCCCCUAACCUUUUCCAAAACAUUACUAAAUUAAAUCUCAAAAAUAAUAAAAUCACUUUAAAAGAGAGUGACAAAGAGACUCUUCAAAGUUUUAUUAACCUCACUGAGCUUUAUCUGAAUGAAAACAUGGUUACUGUGCUGCACAAUUACAGCUUCUGCAAUCUGACAAAACUCGUAAUUCUGGAUAUCAGCAACAAUCAUAUUCUCAUAGUUCAUACAGCAGCAUUUGCAGGAUUAAGUCAACUGUCAGUGUUGAAUCUAUCCUAUAACAAGAUUACUCAACUAGAUUCAGCUGUAUUUACUUACCUAAAAAGUCUGGCAGUUUUAAAUCUACAGUCUAACUUUCUGAAAUCUUUUCACAUAAAAUCCUUUCAAUUGAUUAAAAUAGUUUUAGCUGGAAACCCAUGGACCUGCUCCUGUGAUCUCCUUGAUUUACAGAUAUGGCUAACUGCCUCCAAUGUGACAAUGGAAAAUGAAAACAGCACUACAUGCACAUUCCUAAACACCCAGGAAAUAUCCUCCAUUAAGAUGGCACCUAUCCAAUCAGAUGACUGCAAAAUUGGAAAAGCUUCUUUAGAAAAUACUGUAGCUUCCACUUCUGCCAUUAAACUUAGAAGUAGUUCCUUAUCAACAGCUCUGACUCCAAACAACAUCACAGGAAACAAUGGAACGCAUGCAGAGUUACCACUUCCUGGCAAAAGUUGGACCUUCCUAGCAGGUGUCCUAGGGUUUGUUCUAAGCACUACACUGCUGAUUUUUACUGCUACAAAAUGCCCAACGUGGUAUCGCUAUCUGAUCAGCUACAGUCACAGUCGUCUGAAAGAAAAUGACUCAGAGAUGCUUGAACAGGAGUUCUCAGCUGACAUGAGUUCCUCUCCUACAGAAUUGAGUACAAGCAACGAAGAACCCAUAGUAAUAUUUGAGAAAAUUCAUGCAUUUGUGCCUGCGGAAGAAGGAUUUAUUGAGGAUAAAUACACAGAUUCUUAUGUAACUGAGGAAACUUAG